AUCUAAGAAAAAAAAUUAGCAUGACAAAAUGCGGCGUUAAAGAGAGGGUGUUUAUCUUAACCUCUGACCACAUCACAACACAACAGAACAGUAUUCACCUGGUUUGUUCCAAAAUCCUCCGACAUUCAUUGCUCGCAUUCCUCAUGUUAAGGUUACACUUGUGUUCUCAUUUCACACCGACAAUGUAGCAAGCACCAUUCAUUCAUUCUCAUUCUAUUUAUACUCCAUUUCUCACCACUCACUCUCCUUUUCUUCCUCACGUUCUUCCCUUCCAAUUUCUUCUUCCUUUCUGCCUUCAUCCUUUGAUUCAAGACAAUGGGGAAGAAAUCUUAUUCUUCAUCCUCCACAUGGCGUGGAUGGCGCUACGUUCAACCUCGCUACUACAUCAAGAGGCCUAAACGACUCGCAUUGAUCAUCAUCGUUUGCAUCGCUCUCACAUGGCUUGUCUAUGAUCGCCAGUUACUCAACAAGGAGCACCAGGAGGAUAUUUUGAGAUUACAAGAAGAGGUUACACGCUUGCAGAAUACACUGGAAGAGAUAAAGGGCCAGAUGAAAGGCUCUGAAGCAGAAAGUUUACAAAAUGAUGAAAAAAUGAAUGAUUUGACCAAUGUUGUUUCGGUUGAGGAUGAUCCUAUUAGCAUACAUCGAAGAGAGAAAGUCAAAGAUGCUAUGCUUCAUGCAUGGACGGCUUAUGAAAAGUAUGCAUGGGGCAUGGAUGAACUUAAGCCACAAUCGAUGAACGGUGUUGACAGUUUUGGUGGUCUAGGAGCAACUUUAGUAGAUUCACUUGACACGCUAUUUAUAAUGGGGCUUGAUUCCCAGUUCAGAAGAGCUAGCGAGUGGAUUGCAGAAUCAUUGCAUUUUAACAAGAACAUUGAAGUUAGUGUGUUCGAGACAACCAUAAGAGUUUUGGGCGGACUUCUUAGUGCUUAUGAUCUCUCUGGGGACAAAGUCUUCCUUGAAAAGGCUAGGGAUAUUGCAGAUAAGCUGUUGCCUGCUUGGGAUACACCUUCAGGAAUCCCCUACAACAGAAUUAACUUGGAAAAUGGCAAUACAAAUAAUCCUAGGUGGACACGGGGAAACAGUAUUCUUGCAGAUUCUGGUUCAGAGCAGCUUGAAUUUAUUGCUCUCUCUCAAAGAACAAAUGACCCCAAAUACCAGCAAAGGGCUGAGAAGGUCAUCAAACAGUUUCGUAAAAUUUUUCCUGAAGAUGGGUUGCUUCCCAUAUAUAUUGAUCCAAAAACUGGAACUAAACCAAGUGGAGCUAUUACGUUUGGUGCUAUGGGUGAUAGCUUCUAUGAGUAUCUACUCAAGGCCUGGGUACAAGGGAACAAGACUGAAACAGUAAAAUUUUACAGGGAGAUGUGGGAGACAUCAAUGAAAGGUCUUGAGAGCUUGAUUAGGAAGUCAACACCGUCAUCUUUUGUGUACAUAACUGAGAAGCUUGGAAAUGGACUCUUUGACAAGAUGGAUGAAUUAGCAUGUUUUGUUCCCGGGAUGCUGGCUUUGGGAUCUUCCAGGGAAGGUGACAAAUAUAUGUCUCUAGCAGAGGAGCUUGCAUGGACUUGUUACAAUUUCUACCAAUCAACGCCAACUAAAUUGGCAGGGGAGAACUAUUACUUUCGCAAGGAUGAGGAUAUGACUGUUGGUACCUCGUGGAAUAUCCUAAGACCUGAAACAAUUGAGUCACUGUUUUACCUCUGGAGAUUCACUGGAAACAAGACUUACCAAGAAUGGGGUUGGAAUAUUUUCCAAGCAUUUGAAAAGAACUCUCGGACUGAGACAGGAUAUGUUGGACUCAAAGAUGUGACCACAGGUGCAAAAGAUAACAUGAUGCAGAGCUUCUUCCUCGCAGAAACACUCAAGUACCUCUAUCUCUUGUUUUCACCUUCAUCUCUCAUCUCUCUUGAUGAAUGGGUGUUCAAUACAGAGGCCCACCCUUUAAGAAUUGUUACUAGAAAUGCUCAUGAAGAGGAAUCGAGUGUAGACCAAGAAGAGAAAUUUCCACAUCAUUUACAUGGCAGAAAGGAAGGUCGAAUAGAUUACAAGUAGUUAUUGGUUGUGGCUUUAGGAUUAUACUAAGCAAACCCUGAAAAUAUGUUUGAGUUCCCUACUCUCCACUUAGAUCCAGGUGCUGUGUGCAGCCUUUGCUACUGUCUUAUUGGUCCAGCAUUCUGAAUAAUGAUGCAUAGAGGACAACUUGUCCUGGUUUAUCAACCUACAAUUGGGUUGUCGUUCACCUCCAAUAUCAGGUUAUGUGGUUAGGUGGUAAAGAAUAGUAGGAAGCUUUCUUUCUUUCUGUAGUAGUAGGAUAAAUGUGGGUGUAAAGGCCUAUGUAGAGAUAGAAGCCACUCUACUUAAGUUUUUAUCAAUUUUUGCCAAGGUGUAAAUUCUUGUGUGUCAAUUGAUUGACCAUAUGAUGGGAAUGUUGUGCAACUUUGAGAUGUAAUGUAUACUUUACCUGACAACUUAAGUUUUUGGCAUAGUUACUGCAUGACAA